CAAAAAAAAAAAAAAAAAAAAAAAAUGUUGGAGAAGCUGAAACCAUGGCUAGUGUGCAAUAUAAUUUUUUCAUUGAGUUGGAAUUCUCAUGACAUAAAAUUAACCAUUUUGCUGUGAACCAUUCAUUGGCAUUUAUCACAGUGAUGUGCAGCCACCAUUUCCAUCUAGUUCCAGACAUGCCCAGAGUAAUUUUAAAAGAAAGAUGACUUGUAAAACUAAAAAUAAAAUCAACCAUUUGUAUAUAACUAAUAAUUUUACUUAUGGGGAGUGCAAAAAUAAUAGGUUCUCUCCAGGUGAACCCAUGAUAACCAUCAGAUUUAAUAAAAAUCUUUCAAUAUGAAAUUCUCACAUCCUCAUCUUUGAAAUCAUUUACUAUACCUUGAGCUAUAGCUCAAGAUCAAGGGAUCUAAAUGUAUAAAGAACAAACUGUGCAGGGUAAAUUGAUCUUGUUACAAAAUGAGAACACAAACCACAGUCAAUAUUCAACAUUUGAUACAGCCUCACACAAAAUAAUUAUUCCAAUUAAGUCAGUUUGUCUUUUCUGAGAUAAUGUUCGCUGGGUAAUAAUAAAGCAUAAUCAGUCUUGACUCACCAUCAAAGGGGGAAGAAAAAAUAAUUGCACCAUAAGGUGAAAUGAGUUUCAUCUCACCCGUUUCACAUUGUGAAUAAUGUAGAAGGACAUCAAAGAGUAGGUGGAUUUAUUUGGUUUGCCCUUAGAGAACUUUUCUGUUUAGUUGAAGAGAGAAUUACAGGAAAGACAGUUAAAUGUUGGGUUAUUCCCAAAGUUCCAUCCACUGAAAGGAUCUGUGCUAGAGAGUUAAGUGUAGUUGGAGUAACAGAGUUUCCCAAGAUGAAGAUAAAUUGAUAAAAGGCAUAUUUGGGAACAAUCAUAAAAAUUUGGUAAGCAUGUAUAUCUGAACUGGACAUUAAAAUAUUUGAAAAUAUGGAGGGGAGUAUAGAGGGUAUGUUGAAUAAUACAUGGAUAUGAAAAAAAGUCUACCAAUUUAAUAGAGGUGUCAUAAUCAGUGUAGUUCCGUCACAAUUAAAAAUAAAACCAAACAACAUACAUAUAUUUAAUGGAGAGCACAGCUCUAGUUUUGGACACUAGGAUACUGAUAAACAUGGCCUUCAAAGGAAUUGCAUUCUUCUGUCCUAUAUGCAUAAUUAAAUAAUAACACCUGUGAAGAGGCACCCCAAGUAGAAUUAAGGAAUCCUGUGACUGAGACUUGGGAUCCUGGAAGGGCUCCGUGGAGGAGCUGAGACAUGAGCUGGGGGAAGAUUUUCAGAUGGAUGAGAAGAGGCUAACUGAUCCAUUUGAGUACUUUGUCUUCUCAUAGGAAGCAGCAAGUUUUAAGGAUCCUUUUAAGCCCUGAAGCUUUCUUGUGAAAAUCAUGAUUUCAUAAUUCAUUAGCAAAUGAAUAAAUCAUGACAGUUUAUACAUAGUCAUCUACAAAGAUGAUAAUUCAAAAGUGAAAUCGCUGCUGUCGUCAUGGUAUUAAAUACCGUGAGGUAAAUUCUACUUUUGCAGCCAUAGACUUAAGGAGUGAGGGUAAACAUUUCAGAGAUAAACAAUUUUGGAGUGAAAUAGUCAAACAUACCAGAAAAAAGGUAGAAUAGAAAAUAAAUUCGCAUAAUAUGGACAAAAGCAAAGUGGCACUUGCCAUCCUCUUUCAUCUGCUGGAAUUAUGCUAAAUACUUCUGAUGAUAACAAAUUAAAGGAGAAGCAGUAGCCUAUCUUGAAUUGAAGUGGCAGGAGAAUUUGAAUAUUUUUAUUUGAUGACAUAAUAGGAUGGUUUUCUUCAUUGAAGCGGGCUUAGGGAGAAGCUGGAAUAUUAUGAAAGUGGAUCAGAAACCAAGUAUGUUUUGACUUUGUUCUGCCAGAGCUCAUUCUACAUGACUGUAUCUCCUCUUAACCUCAGGUUGGUUUACUAAUAUUUACUUCCUUACCUGCUGUGGUGAAUUAAUCGUGGCUGCAAAUUUUUUGUCACUCUCUCUAUCAAGAUUUAUUUCCCCUGACCUUGAAUCUCAGCUGGCCCUGUGACUUCUAAGCCAACAGCGUAUUCCCAAUAGGGAAAUAACCUCUGCCACUUCUGUCAGUCUUAAGACAGCAUCCUAUCAGAACCUAGUUGCCAUGCUGUGAGAAGCCUAAGCCAGGUGGAGAAGCCACAUGUUGGUGCACCAUCACCAUCUGACCAUGCACCGUCACCAUCCGACAGUCCCAGCUGAGUUUCCAGUUGAUACCUUGCAUCAGCUGCCAGUCAUGUGCAUGAAACUUAAAUGUUUCAGUUCAGUUACAUUUCCAGUGGAUUGAAGUUUCAACUGCCAUCUGAUGGAGCAGAAGAACCACUCAGCUAAACCCAGUAAACCUGCAGACUAGUAAGAGAUAAAAUGUAGUUAUUGUUUUCAGGGCACUUAUUUUUUCAUAGCAAUGUAUAACUGAACUAGCUUUCCAAAGAAAAUCCCAGAACUAAAACAAUGAAAGAGCUCAUUCAAUUUAAACUAUAAAUAUAUCAUAUUUAGAUAACCUAUGUUUAAUUCUUAUAACUUCUGAAAAUCAUUAGGUGGAAUUUUAGAAGGCUCUUGUUUUGGAAACUAAGUAACUUGAAGUUCAUUUCCAGCUACAUAAAGGUAAUAAUGCCUAUUUCAUUGUUACACUUUCUGGUUCACAUAUUUUUCUGAUUGAUGUGAUAGAUAAGCAAUCCAUAAUCAAAUGCAUUCUUUUGAUUAAAAAUGAGAAAUAGGAGUUCCCGUGGUGGCUCAGCUGUAACCAACCCGACUAGUAUCCAUGAGAAUGCGAGUUCAUCCCUGGCCUUGCUCAGUGGAUUAAGGAUCAGGCAUUGCCGUGAGCUGCAGUGUAGGAUACCAUGUUGCUAUGGCUGUGGUGUAGGCCAGCAGCUGAAGUUCUAAUUUGACCCCUAUCCUGGGAACUUCCAUAUACCACGGUUGCAGCUCUAAAAAGACCAAAAAAAAAGAGAGAGAGAAACAGUGUUUUUCAGUAAAAUAGCAUGAGUCAGACCUUUGUUCAAAAGUUGGUCCUACUGCUUAAUAGAUGUGUGUCCUGGGCUAAAUUACCUACACUACCUGAGUCUUUUUUUUUUUUUUAAGAUAAUAUUUACUGUACAGGAUUAAUGAAGAUCAGAAAUCAUGGAUGUUAAGAACCUAGUAGCGUUCCUGGCACAAUGAUGGAGCUCAAUAAAAGUAGCUUUUGUUGUUAUGAAGGAGGUGAUCAUGUGGCUUUAAAAAGGUAGUAAAGAUUCAUUUUUCAAGGGGACAUGGAAAUAAGGGUGUUCCUAAGCUGUGUUGGAAAUGGAGUCUGAAUGAUUAAUCCUUGGCAAUUUUUCCUGCAAAUAUGCAUGUUCUCUUCAAAAAAAUUCUGAUUCCCUUACCCAUCCACACUACUCAGGUUCUCAGUUCGUUAUUGCUGUAAAGGAAUUAAUAAAGGGAUAAAGGCAACUCUGACUCCUAGUCCCAAGAAUAGAACUAAUGGAGAAUUUCUUAGUUCUAUCGUUUUUCCAUUAGUUCCUGUCCUACUCCCUUUCCUCAAUUACAUUUACCUUCCAAUUUGAUAGGAAACAACAUUACAGGAUGCUGGCUCUUUGCAAGGUGAUCUUAGCUCUAAGAAGCCAAAGAGGUCAUGGAUUAUAUCUCUAGGAGGACAUGUACACAUCCCACAGUCUGAUUAGUGUAGUCCAGGGGAAAGAACAGCUGUGGCAGCCCACAGGACUCUGUUUCUGAAGUUUUGUUCUAGCCUUUACCUAAUAUGUUCUUUUCCUUUGUAAGUGUUGGUCACCUUUAAUAUGAUAUCUAUUAAUCUCAGCAGUGCCCAGAAAUCUCUUUGUCUGCUGAUUAUGUUUGUUCUUCAUGAUUAAGGUGAGGUGAGUAGUCAAGUGAAGGGCCACUUUUCUUAACUGUGGGUUACUGCUCUUGGUAUCUUUUCUUACCUGCUUAAUUUGGGCUACCUGAACCCCUUUUGGUCUUGGAAAUCUAGGUGACCUUGGCUGUGGGUGAAAUGCCAAAAUAUUAGACAUGAAUGGAAUAUUGGUUUGGGGCAGAGCUGAGGAGUUAAGUGUCACAUAAUUAAAGUGGGUGAUCUCUAAAGGAAUUAUCAAUUAUUCUAAAAUUUAGCAUAAAUAUUUACUUGUCCAUAUUGGUUGUAUUUGCAUGAAUGUUGAUAAUUAAAAUUAUUCUAACAUUUUUUAUUAAAGUAUAGUUGAUUUACAAUGUUUUGUCAAUAUCUGCUUUACAGCAAAGUGACUCAGUCAUAAUACAUAUACAUUCUUUUUCUCAUGUAUCUUCCAUCAUGUUCCAUCACAAGAGAUUGGAUAUAGUUCCCUGCGCUAUACAGCAGGACCUCAUUGCUUAUCCAUUCUAAAUGUAAUAGUUUGCAUCUACUAAAAUCUUAACUCCUCUUAGUUUGAAUACUAUAAAUGCCUUCAUAUAGAUUUUCUAUGAUGUGUAAUUUCAUGUUUGUUACUAGAAUCUUUAAGAAAAACCUCUGCUUUAAAUCAAAUAGUUAAUGCUUGAAAGUAGGCAUAGAAAUUAUUUUAUUUUUGCUUUUUAGAAAUUAUUUUAAGGGACUUUUUUCUGGUGUCUAAAACCAGGUUAUAUAGGGGUGAAUGUAAGGAUAAUUCAUUUUGCCCAUAAGCUUGUCAGUAAUAAUUAUAAUUAUGCAAAUUGGUUUAGGCUUUUGUCGUUUGUUGCUAGCUAUAGUACUGCAAACACAUUUGAAGAUAUUACUACCCUUUAGCUAAUUUAUACUUAUGGACUAAUUUCAUUUUGAAAGAAAUGAUAAUAUUAUCGCAUGUCCACUUACAGCUUAAAAAUAUUUCAAAGCAGUGGAGAGUGUGUGCUUUGCCAAAUACAGUGUGCUUAAAGCAGAUUCUCUCCAGACUUAAGCUCUAAAUUUUACUGCUUCUGGGACUAACGUGGUGGUUAUGUAGUAUGGAUUUAGAGACAGUUUUUAAGACCCCUAUUGACAUAGGUGAGCAAAUGGUUCCUUGGAAACUAUUCAGGUGUCCAGUCACAGUAGAGCAUGGAUUAAAGGUUCAGAUGCAUACAGCGUGUGCUGACAGGAAAAUAACGGGAGGUUCAGGGCAGACUACGCUCUUUAUUAAGGGCAGUGCAUUUCUUCCAGUCUUUUAACCACUGCUGUUUUAAAAGGAAAAAGAAAAAAAAAAAAAAAAAAGGUCAGCAUUGAAACGAUCUGUAAGGGAAAACUCCCAAAACUUAACCCACAAGGCAUGCUCUUAUAGAAACUCUUCUUAACACUUGCCGUGCGGUUAGAGCAGAGGACAUGUGGUAUAUAUUACAGCACCAGGGAAUUCAACCUCCACAGUGUGGAGUCACCAUGAAGGCUAAUUUCAAGAUGAAGUAAGAGCCCUUUGCUUCCUUUGUGGCUCUGUUACUUUACUAGCGUUUCUUGUCAUCAUGGCAUUCGUCUAAGACCCUGUGAGUGGGACAGGGCAGUGGAAAUUUAAAGGGGACCAGAGUAGGGACAUAUGAACCCCUCUUCCCUUCCUGAGCACCUCCCCCCUUCUUCCAACAUACACUCAGCACUUCCCACUGGGCAUCACCAAAUCUGACACAAUCAUUGCAAAAACGGCUGAAGACAGAGCUGUCCAUGGUUAGGAAAAACUGUUCUCACUGUUGGUUGAAAAAUCAGGUAAUAACAGUCCUCUUGGUGAACAAAACUUACUAGAGGGCUUGGGAAGGAACACUGUCUCUCAGCAGCAGGCAGGAAGAAAUUGCUGUUGAAAAGCUUACCUCUCUAGGGAGGAAUCAGAUAUCAGACUUUGCCAAGACUCAGGUCCAACCCAUAAGGUCCCACCUACAUCCCCCGCCCCAUCUCAGCUUUGUUAGAUCGCUUGAAUCGAUCGCUGGCUUUUUCUGACCCAGCAGUGGGUGCAGGAAGGAGAGCCAGCCAGACUUAGAGCAAGCAAGGUGGGGGUGGAAGACUGGGGCCGCUUUGGUAGAGAGAAAAAAAAAAAGAGAAAGAGGAGAACAGGGAUGGGGGCCAUAGGGACGAAGCUUAACUGGUGCCUGCCUGCUUCUCUUUGAUUUGAUGGCCUUUAUUCCUCCUAAUUGGAUAAAAUAGGAAGUCACUGGCAGUCCCGUGUUGCAGGGUAUACUGAUUUUACUCAGAACAGCCAGCAGCCCCAGAGUGUGGAUGGAGGGUGGGGGUUGGGAGAGGAGAGAGGAAAAAGAAAAAGAGAGAACGUCUUUGAAUGAGGGGAAAAGAAGGGAAAGAGACGGUGAAGAAGGGAUGAGCCCAGAGGAAGAAAGUGAAUGAGUGCUCAGGAAGGACAAAGAGGAGUGGUUGGGGGGUGGGGGCGGAGGUAGGGCGGGGAGCGCAGUUACCGCCCCUCCCAGCCGCGCUCUCGCCUUCGGAUCCCUCUGUGAUGAUACUGUUUGCAGUGAUGCUCGGAGGGCAGGCACCUGCUGCUCUGUAAUGAUUCAGCCCCUUUCAGCCGUCGCGUUAACACAACAGGAUGCUGUUGCUACUGUCACUGCUGCCUCUCCUGCCGCAGCCGCUGCUGCCGCCGCCGCCGCCGCCGCUGGUCCUGCUUUUGCUUUUACUUCUCCUGCAUGACAGUUGUUUUCUCCAUCUGAGCAGAUCCCAGCUUCAGAUGCUCGAGGUGAGAAACAUGCCAUUCAGUUUGGGCUACUGGUUUACUUAAUUGACCAACCACCAGCUUGGUUUCUCUUUUUGGCCUCUGUCCUCUUUGACCAGCUGGGAUGGUUUGGAGAAGCAUUUAAAAGAACUGCAAAAGUGGCCCAGAAACAGCAGUAAAGAAUUACAAUAUACUUUUAUUUGGUAGUUGCUAGAGGCUUUUUUCUCCCUUCUUUGCUCCUGAACUCUUGCUUUUGAUAAUGGCCUUGGACUUGGACGACUUAUCGAUUUCCCCCUGUAAGAUGCUGUAUCAUUUGGUUGGGGGGGGCUCUGCAUGGUAAUGGACGGUGAGGGAGGCCAGGCCUUCUGGAGGUGAGCCGAUGGAGGUCUAUUCCCCAGCCAUGUCCGAGGUAGCUGCUGAGAGGUCCUCCAGCCCCUCCACUCAGCUGAGUGCAGACCCAUCUCUUGAUGGGCUUCCGGCAGCAGAAGACAUGCCGGAGACCCAGACUGAAGAUGGGAGAACCAGGGGACUCGUGGGCCUGGCUGUUCCCUGCUGUAUCUGCCUGGAAGCUGAGCGCCUGAGAGGUUGUCUCAACUCCGAGAAAAUCUGCAUUGUCCCCAUUCUGGCUUGCCUAGUCAGCCUCUGCCUCUGCAUCGCCGGCCUCAAGUGGGUCUUUGUGGACAAGAUAUUCGAGUAUGACUCUCCUACUCACCUUGACCCUGGGGGGUUAGGCCAGGACCCUAUUAUUUCUCUGGAUCCAACUGCUGCCUCAGCUGUGUGGGUCUCAUCUGAGGCAUACACUUCACCUGUCUCGAGGGCUCAGUCUGAAACUGAGGUUCAAGUUACAGUGCAAGUUGACAAUACCAUUGUCUCCUCUGAGCCUUCAGCGGUACCAACCCCGAAGAAUCGUAUUUUCGCUUUUUCUUUCCUGCCGGCUACUGCACCACCCUUUCCUUCACCCACCCGGAACCCUGAGGUGAGAACACCCAAGUCAGCAACUCAGCCACAAGCAACAGAAACUAAUCUCCAAACUGCUCCUAAACUUUCCACAUCAACAUCUACAACUGGGACAAGCCAUCUUGUCAAGUGUGCAGAGAAGGAGAAAACUUUCUGUGUGAACGGAGGCGAGUGCUUCAUGGUGAAAGACCUUUCAAACCCCUCAAGAUACUUGUGCAAGUGCCCAAAUGAGUUUACUGGUGAUCGCUGCCAAAACUACGUAAUGGCCAGCUUCUACAAGCAUCUUGGGAUUGAAUUUAUGGAAGCGGAGGAGCUCUACCAGAAGCGAGUGCUGACCAUCACUGGCAUCUGCAUCGCCCUGCUCGUGGUCGGCAUCAUGUGUGUGGUGGCCUACUGCAAAACCAAGAAGCAGCGAAAAAAGCUUCACGACCGACUUCGGCAGAGUCUUCGGUCUGAACGAAACAACAUGGUGAACAUAGCCAACGGACCUCACCACCCUAAUCCACCCCCUGAGAACGUCCAGCUGGUGAAUCAAUACGUGUCUAAAAAUGUCAUCUCUAGUGAGCAUAUCGUCGAGAGAGAGGCAGAGACAUCUUUUUCCACCAGUCACUACACUUCAACAGCUCAUCACUCCACGACCGUCACCCAGACUCCCAGUCACAGCUGGAGCAAUGGACACACAGAAAGCAUCCUUUCAGAAAGCCACUCUGUAAUCAUGAUGUCAUCAGUAGAAAAUAGUAGGCACAGCAGCCCCACUGGGGGCCCAAGAGGACGUCUUAAUGGCUUGGGAGGCCCUCGAGAAUGUAACAGCUUCCUCAGGCAUGCCAGAGAAACCCCUGACUCCUACCGAGACUCUCCUCAUAGUGAAAGGUAUGUGUCAGCCAUGACCACCCCGGCUCGUAUGUCACCUGUAGAUUUCCACACGCCAAGCUCCCCCAAAUCGCCCCCUUCGGAAAUGUCUCCACCCAUGUCGAGCACGACGGUGUCCAUGCCCUCCAUGGCCAUCAGCCCCUUUGUGGAAGAAGAGAGACCCCUGCUUCUCGUGACACCGCCACGCCUGCGGGAGAAAUAUGACCACCACUCUCAGCAGUUCAGCUCCGCCCAUUGCAACCCCGCGCAUGAGAGCAACAGCCUGCCUCCCAGCCCCUUAAGGAUAGUGGAGGAUGAGGAAUAUGAAACCACCCAGGAGUAUGAACCGGCUCAGGAGCCUGAUAAGAAACUCACCAACAGCCGGCGGGCCAAAAGAACCAAGCCCAAUGGCCACAUUGCCAACAGGUCCGAAAUGGACAGCAACACAAGCGCUGAGAGCAGUAACUCAGAGAGCGAGACGGAAGAUGAGCGAGUCGGGGAAGAUACACCCUUCCUGGGCAUACAGAACCCCCUGGCAGCCAGCCUUGAGGUGGCACCUGCCUUCCGGCUGGCUGACGGCAGGACUAACCCAGCAGGUCGCUUCUCUCCACAGGAAGAAUUGCAAGCCCGGCUGUCCAGUGUAAUCGCUAACCAAGACCCUAUUGCUGUAUAAAACCUAAAUCCACCCAUAGAUUCACCUGUAAAACUUUAUUUUAUAUAAUAAAGUAUUCCACCUUAAAUUAAACAAUUUAUUUUAUUUUAGCAGUUCUGCAAAUAGAAAACAGGAAAAAAAACUUUUAUAAAUUAAAUAUAUGUAUGUACAAAUGUGUUAUGUGCCAUAUGUAGCAAUUUUUUACAGUAUUUCCAAACGAGAAAGAUAUCAAUGGUGCCUUUAUGUUCUGUUCUGUCGAGAGCAAGUUUUGUAUCGUUCCCGUGAUUGCUUCUCCACAGUAUUUCAGCAAACCACCCCUUCCCCCCCAUCCCUGCCAUGUAUUCUGUUUUUGCUGGCUUUUUGUGCAUUGCAUUAUAAUGUUGACCGGAUGUAUGAUUUGCAAGAUUUACAACUGUCCCUAUGUUUGCUUCGAGUAAUACCUGUUCAAUAUGUCUUAUAAUGGCACAUCCAUCCCCAAGCUCCCCUUUUGUAUGUAGUUUUCUUUUGCUUUCAGUAUACGAAAUGAGUUGUGUCUACUCUGCCAGCCAAAGGUUUACUUCAUUGGGCUCUGAGAUAAUAGUAGAUCCAACAGCAUGCUACUAUUAAUUACAGCAGGAAACUGCAUUAAGUCAUGUUAAAUAUUAGGAAGAAAGUAAUAUUGUGAUUUUAAAAAACUAUAUUAUUAAUCAGAAGACAGCUUGCUCUGGCUAAAAGGAGCUACCAUUUACUUUAUUUUGAUUGAUUUUUCUCGACCCCAAAAAAGCAAGUGUUCAGGAUAGCAAAGAAAAUGGGUUCUGGCCAGGAUCAGAGUAAAAUCCAGCUCCUGAUUCAAGGACUCAGUUUCACUUUCUCUCGGAGUGCAUGAUACAGCGGCUUCCCUAGUUGAAGAGCAAACUGUGGCUGAAAGAAAUGCAAUCAUCUCUGACUUGGGUUUUUCACUGAUUCUGGAGCUAGUGAUUGGCUGUGUCAUCUCAGUCAAGAACACACAUGUCAUGGCACAAAAUCCCCAGCUUCAACAGCAUGCUUAGCCAUUUGUCUGAACUACUUCUAGAGUGAAAUGUGUCUGCUGUACAUAGUGGUGACCUGUCCUCUUAGGGAAAUGCUUCUGUCUUAGACUGUCUGGAAGGGUGAAUAUAGAGAAGACACAGGGAGAGGAGCUUGGUGACUUGGUCAAUAAUUUUUCAGUUCUUUUGCCCAUUCCUUUGUCCUCAUUAUUUGUCUCUUGUUUUUCAAUGUGGCCUUGCUUAGGUCAGAACUGUGCAUGAACAUUUUUGUCAGGAAUAGCCAGUGUUCUUGUGAUUUGGGAUUGGUAAGAACCUCCCUUGAGUGACAAUUUAUCAGGAAAUGUCAAUAGUCUUGGAAAGAUUGCACCACGCAGAAGUGAAGCCCACCUGUGCCCUGCUCUUCCACUAUGCAGCUGUAUCACCCACUGUUUUUCCCCUUUUCACUUUACUGUCAGGAUUAAGAUGGGUCUACACUUUGCAUGUUCCCUUGUGAUUGCCAAUCCAAGGAAGGUGUACAGGUAAAAACAUUUGAAAUAAUUGCCAAUCCAGGAAAAGAAGAGAACUCUUUUUUUUUUUUUUUUUUUUUUUUUUUAAAUCACAGACCCUCUUUCAUGCCCUACCUGAUAGCUGUCAGGUCAGGCCACAGCUUUACUUAGGUUCCAAGUAGCUUCCUAGGAAUGAUAGGAUGAAAUGGGAAACAGGUUAGGAGGGGGUACAGAAAACCAGGUAUGAAGUCAAGGGAGUGACUCCUGUUCACAGGUAAACUGAAUCUAUUUCUUCAGCAAAUCUCUAUGUUAAAAUGAAAAGGAAGAGGUGACAUCCAAGUAGGUCUUAGAAAAAUAGUGCAGGCUGGGCAUGAGUCAUGUCAUUUAGCUUCUAAGUGUUUCUACCAUCCACAGACACCUACAGGUCCAGGAAGUCACUCUUAGGAUUUGGUAUCCCAAAAUAUCCCUCAUUGUUCCAGGCCACUUACUGCACACAGAAGUGUCCUGAUUUGCUUGUUCACCUAUCCCAAGGAGCCCCUGACAACUGUACAAGUUGCACUGAUUCCCCACUUCUGUAGAUAUGAGUAAGCUCAUGGCAGGGGCAAGAAAAGAGUCAACCAUAAGACGUUCUCUAAAUUAUUUCAAUACUGUCUUUGAAGACCUUGACUCAUUCUUAGACUAGUUCCAUAAAGAAAUUCCUACCCUCGUUAAAACUCUAAAAUUUCUAUUUCAAAUUCUUCAGGCAGUGGAGUAUUCUGGAGAAUGUCAGAAAUAGAUAAACUCUUGUGUCAAAGCAAUGAACAACAUUUCCCUCAGUAUGAAAAACUGCUGUCUGUUUUCAAGUUGCAACAAUAUAUCAGAAUUGAAGACAAAAGGAAAUUUCAUUUCCAACUUGCUCUGGUCACUUACAGAGGUGGCCUAUCAGUUGAGACAGGCUUGCUGUCCCUAGAUUCCCUUGAUCAAAAAAGCCACCUGACACCUCAGGGCUACCUGCUUCAGCCACCAGAGGUGUGUUCACAGGGACAUCGCUGAGAUGUUUAAUUGCCACCCUGCCUGUUUAUAAACUCAGGAGCACAGUGGCAAUGCAAAGGAGGGUGAACCUACAUCCCCAGCACAUGGGAAGCUUUUGUGGGUCUUCAGGCAGCGGAAAUUGCCCAGAAGUUUGACAGCGACUUUGUUUCCUGGGUCUGAAAUUAUAUCCCACUAAGGAAUCUGCAGUAGAGCAUAAUAUAUGCAAAACUCCUUUUUCUCACUCCAGAUCCUUUUUCUAUCCUACUCUCUCUCCUUGCCUGGUAUGACUUUUGCUUUGGAGGAAUGCCUGGACAUCUCGUGCUUUCUACAAAGUGGCACUCUGCCCAGGUAUAUGUGAAUGGGCCCCAAAGGCCAAAAUGCCAUAGCUUCCUUCUCUAAGUGUGACUGUCUUGAUAGAGUUUAUCCAGGGUAACUUGCUCAGUAACUAUUCCUUUUUUUUUUUUUUCCGGCCUGGGGUUGAAAGGUGCAUGGCUCAAAUUUGUGAAAAUAAAGAAGACCUAGUUUUAUCUUUUACUACUGGCUUCAUCCUACCAGCCACAGAGAUUUCUAUCCACAAAGACCCAUGAAACAUGGCAGAGAAAUGCAGACAAAGGAAAUGGCCACAUAUCACAAAUUCUAUUAUAUAUUCUUUUGUAAAUACACAUUGUACAUUUUUUGGAUGUUUUCCGAAAUCAUUUACUGUCUUUAUGAGUUAAUGUCAGUUUUUUUUUUUUAACUCUCUCAACUUACUGUGUAACAUUGUAAAUAACAUAAUGUCCUUUAUUAUUUAUAUUGAAACAUCUAACAUAGAGUUGUUUUCAUAUAAGUUUAAGAUAAAUGUCAAAAAUAUAUGUUUUUUUGUUUUUUCUUUGCUUUAAAAUUAUGUAUCUUUUCCUUUUUCUUUUUUUUUUUAAGAAUAAUUUAUUGUUCAGGAGAAAGAAUGUAUAUGUAAUUGAAACUAUUUGAAGAAUGCACAUUUGAAGGCCGUGAGGUACUGAUAAACUAAAGAAUUUAUUAUCCAAAAUACUAAGCAAUAAGUAAUUGUGAUUUAUUUAAAGUUCUGUUCCUUUUCCAUGAAAGACAUACUGCAAUAAAAAUGCCACUCUACGGCUAUCUGGGAGUGUUGGUCAGCAGACAGAUGGUCCAGUCUGUUAGACCAGCACCUUUCCUUUGACUGUGAUGCUUGUGCUAACUUAGGCCUGUGUUUGAUGGACCCCAUGAUCAUCUUGUCUGUCCAUUGCUUUUGCCACCCUGCCUAUUCUUGAGUCAUCUUCUGACUGUUGAUUGUGCUUACCACUGUAUUCCUGUUGAAGGGGUUACAACUUAGCAAUAUGAUAGUUUCUUCCCCUCCACCCCAACCUCAGACGCAAUAACAUAUCAGAAGGGACAUUUGAGGGCAAGAUUGCCGGGAUCCUAAUGAUAAUCAUUUUCAGUGGAGACAGCAAACAACUUCUUCAUGUCAGCGUGGAAACCCAUUCAGUCAUGGAAAGAAAACCCAUUACCGUGGUUCCAAUAAUCUGAUGACUGCUAGGGCCUGAAGACAGCCAGUCAGAACCCGGCUCUGCUAAGCUUGCCUGUAGCUUUCAUAAAUGUACUUUCUCCACCAGGCCCAUGAUUUAUCGAUUCACCAUUUUAAGAGAAAACAAGGCAAAAGUGGGUUCUUUCCUCUUCAUGCUGACUGUCUGUCAGUCAAACUCAUCAUCCUUCUUACUGCUCAGGGAAGGGCCUAUAUGUGAGACAUUUCCCACAUUCUAAGAUUUACCAUCUCUUCUUGAAAUUAGCCUAAAACGAAGCCAUAUUUUAGCAAAUAGCUCUUUGCAUGGGUGGUACUUUUUAUCUAUUUCCAGCCUCUUACUCAUUAUCCCAGAUGGGAUCAGGACUUCUGAAAUAGGUGGAGUCAGCAAUCCUCUGGGGUGACCAUGGGCCUCCUCUGGAGUUUGAGGGUGACCUGAAGCUCCCCAUCAAAAUCCACUUCUGAAUCAGUAUGCAAUUCCUAUUACCUGGUGAUAGAUCCACUCGUGUCAUCUCCAAAGCAGUCUGGGUGUCUAGGAGAUUCAAAGAGGGACUCUGUAGUGUGUUUUUUCUAUUGAUAUUACUGAAUUUUCAAAACUGGUCGGAAUCUUCAUAUUUGUAUCAAAAUGGGUGUACACACAAACACACAAAUACACACACAUACAAAUUCUUAACCCGCUAUUCUGAAGUCACCACAUUCACUCAUUUGUCCAAUUCACCCAACCAGCCAUUCAGCAAAUCAAGGAGUUCACAAAAUAUUUAAAAAUUAAAGAUGAAGACACUUCCCUGUGUCUUCCAUUUAUAGCUGAGGCUUUGCCCAUUCCCCAAAUGGAAAACUACAAGCAGCUGUCUUAGUAAUUGAGCUAAAAAUUGGGUGCCUAAAAUAUAUUGAUAUUGGAGGCAGAAGCCUGUGUGAUGGAGGGCAGUGUGGAGACAGCAGAGAUUCACAGGGAGCCACAUUAAAUAUCUAGAUAAUUAUUAAAUCCUCCAUUUACUUUAACCAUGUAGACCCUUGAAUGUCAAAUUCAGGCAAGCUUUGCAAACUAGCAAACAAUCUGUCUUUCCAACCUAAUGUCUUCCCCAUCAUUAGAUUUCUUGGUUCUCUGUCCUUAUGAUAAAUGACAACGGGACUUGAAGUCAGAGACUUGGGGUUAAGCAAGGCAAUUCUGAAAUCUGGAGGUUUAGGAGGCUGGAAGGAGUGGAAAAUUUUGAUGAUCUCAUGUAGUAUCACUUUGCACUCUAUCUCUGACUUGCUCUUUCUCAAAUGGAAGAAAUAAAAUAAACUGAUGGAAA